AUGGAAAUAUUUUCAUAUAAAAGAUUGGUUUGGAAUGUCCUGCUGGUGGAGACCCCAAGGAAUUGCUCUUUUUGCCCCUAGGAUAAUGCAUCACUGGUUAUUGUCAUCUGUAUGGGCAAGUCUUAAAACGAUUACAAAAAACAAGAGAGAGAAAAAGUUAGGAAAUAAUAUCGCAGAAGGAAUGAAAAAAAUGAAUUUAGGUUUGGGUAGAGGGUGUACGAUGGAGACGAAAAGUAAAGUGUUGCCCGUCGGCCAGCUGAAGGAGGACUCUGACCAUUCGGACACCGAAAAUAACGAAAUAACCGUGGAAGAAAACGAAAGGGAAAUAUUUUCGGCGGAAGAGGAGAAACCGACACGAACGGAAGAAGGCGACGAUGGAGAUCUCAUUCCUCAGUUUACCCUAAACAGUUAUUUGUCUCUGAAAACCGAAAAUUGAAACUAUUCGACUAAUGGCCCUGAUGCCGUGUUAAAUGUUUUCCUCUUCGUCCGUCUGUAAAACCGGCGAAAGGAGGAGGAGGAGACCCGCCGUUUUUUUAAUGGGUAAAAUUUACCGCUUUACUAGCAAGGACCCCUCGCUCGUCGGCGGGAGCAGAUGUUUCCUAUAAAUUAUAAUUUCCGGAGAAACGUACGGUUUCUACGUUUCUCUCUUAUUUUAGGGGAAGACGACAAAUGAAUUUUCUGUUCGUCCGGAAAUCGUCAAAAUAAUUACUUCAGGAACGGUUUCCACCGCUGUUAUUAUUUGUGUCAUUUUUAUUUCCAUUAAUUAAUAAAAGUAUUUUAAAUAAAUUGGUUUUAUUAUGUAAAAUACGGUAUUAAUUAAUAUUAGGAGCGGUUCGGACUCGGUCAUGCCCAAACGGGAGUCGAUUCUACGCAAAAAGAAGCGUUUUAAUUUACGUAAUGAGUGCUAGAGAUGUUUGCCCCCCCUAUAUCGCCAGUAGAUUUAUAAUUUAAUCCACCCGACAGGAGUUUACUAG